AGUCUUCGUUUACGCUUUACAUAGUGGCCCUCUGGCACAAGGUUCCUGGGCAUCAUGGAAAAUAAAGAAGAGCAUACCCUAGUGCCUGGUGAGGAAGUGGCAGACGACGAGGGUUCGGAGGUAGACCCGCUCUCUGACCCCGAAGAAAGACGGGUCCUCUUUGCUGCCCUUGAUUCUUUCCGACAAUACCGCCAGGCUGCCCAUUACAACAUAACCCAUCUGAGACGCCAAUCUUUCUACUCCCUUCCCUCGGCUCACAUGGAACUACUAGCCUCUGAGUCAUUCAAUCUACCCAAGACACUCGAUGCUGUGGACGCAGCAAUUGACGCAAAUGCCGACAUUGCUGACACUGUUCUUGCCUUGGGUCUUGAUAUGUACGGACUGGAUCCUGAAUCAACCGAAUGGCGCGGAGCUGCGACCUCGCAAGACAUGGACAAAGUACGCUCCACCAUCCGCCAGUUGUAUCGCGAUUGGUCGGCUGAAGGUGCACGCGAACGAGAGGCAUGCUACAGACCCAUCUUGGCUGGUCUCAACAGAGCUUUUGAACAUGUCAGUCCGUCUAAGCGAUCAAACGUGAGCGUACUAGUCCCUGGUGCCGGACUGGGACGUCUGGCCUUUGAGAUAUGUAAUGCGGGAUACGCCAUGGAAGGGAACGAAAUAUCGUACCACCAGCUUCUCGUCAGCAAUUGGAUACUCAACUACACCUCAGGCCCAAAGUCACGCUCUAUCUUUCCCUGGGCACUUGGAUUUUCAAAUCACACACAUCGCUCUCAUCAAUUGCAAGAGAUACAGAUACCCGAUGUAUGGCCUGCUGAAGAGCUGGACAAGAGCUGCAAGACUCUGAGCUCAGAAUUGCAUGCUUACCAACGCAUGUCAAUGUCCUCUGGUGAUUUUUGUGUGCUUUACAAGGAAGAACGAUACAGAGCUGCCUUCGAUGCAGUCACCACAUGCUUCUUCGUGGACACGGCUCCCAACUUGAUCGCGUAUAUUGAGACCGUCAAACACUGUCUCAAACCAGGGGGCGUGUGGAUAAAUCUGGGUCCCCUCCUCUGGCAUUUCGAAGGUGGCUCGCCCGAAAAGCAAAAAAUCUCUUCCUCUUCCGAAACAGGCAGGGAAAAUCAAGACAGAAAUCAGGGCAUUGGCGAAUCGGGCUCUUUCGAGCUCGCCGACGAGGAAGUCGUCAAGUUGGUUGAAUAUUUUGGAUUCGAGGUCAUAGAGCACAACCCAGUGCACGGAGAAGCUGGUUACAUUCAAGAUCCGCGAAGUAUGCUGCAAAACACGUACAAGCCUAGCUUUUGGAUGGCCAGGAAGAUGUGAGUGGAGUGCAGGCUUUUCGUCAAUGUGGUUGCCAUUCUCUACAUAUAUUGGCCACUCGGAGGCGAUCCGCACAGUAACCAUUGUAAGAUAUGUACAUGACGUGUACCAUAAGGCAAGCCAUGUUUGAACCCGUUUCAGUGCCUCUCGUCCUUCGCAACACUCGACCUUCUGUCUGUGUACUGAGCUGCAAGACUGUUCAUAUCUGA